ACCAGAGGGAUGGAUGCCCCUGCUACCUAUCCCUGCCUCUAGUAGUGCCGAGGUUCAUAGAGGAUUGGUUUUCCACAUGGCAAUCCUUAAUGGUGAGUGUGACUCAGAUACCCUGGAAGAGAGAGGUACUGUUUGCCGUAGCACAGAUACUUUUUUGCCAACAUUAACUUGGCGAUACUAUCUUCGUUCUCGAUUCGGCCAAACAUGCAUCUUCUAAAAUGUCCGUGUCCAGUUGCAGGUGAUUCAUUUGAACUUAGAAAAUGUUCUGUGAUUAAAAUACAUGUUUUGUUUGCUCCAUGAAGUAAUCCAACAAUGUGUACACCCCCCAUCUUGUCUUUUUCAAAUCUUCUCUUAUUUAUUGAGACAGGCCCCAAAGUGCCUCAUGUCAUGAUGACACUCACCUGUCUCAAACCAUGACAGAAGAUUUGAAUGGAGGCAUACACAUUGUUGGAUUACUUCAUGGAGCAAAAUAAUAAUUUACAGUAUUUUAAUACUGGAGCAUUUUCUAAAUUCAAACGAACCACCUGCAACUGGACACUGACAUUUUAGAAGAUACACAUUUGGCUCUAUCAAGAACGAAGAUAGUAUCGCCAAGGUUGGUCGUAAAUUCUGUGCUAUACCAAACAGUACCUAUCUUGUAACGGCUAAUGGAGCAUAACAUUAGCCCGUUACAAUCUGCUAGCUAGUUGAAACCUGUGGCUGCACAGUAUGUCUGAAUAUUGCUCCCUCUACCUGUUGCCUGUAGAAUACCUUACUGGUCUGGCCAAGACCUAUAGGUAGCUGCCAAAAUAAAGGAAACACCAACAUAAUGUAUCUUAAUAGGGGGUUGGUCCACCACGAGCCAGAACAGCAUCAAUGCACCUUAACAUAGAUUCUACAAGUGUCUGGAACUCUAUUGGAGGGAUGCGACACCAUUCUUCCACGAGAAAUGUUGACAGUGGUGGAAAACGCUGUCUCAUGCGCCACUCCAGAAACUCCCAUAAGUGUUCAAUUGGGUUGAGAGCUGGUGACUGAGACGGCCAUUGCUUAUGGUUUACAUCGUUUUCAUGCUCAUCAAACCAUUCAGUGACCACUCGUGCCCUGUGAAUGGGGGCAUCGUCAUCCAAUGGGUGCAUAGCCAUGGGAGCCAAAAUAAUGGCCUGCCCAGCAUUUUUAUACAUGACCCUAAGCAUGAUAAGAUGUUAAUUGAUUAAUUAACUCAGGAACCACACCAGUGUGGAAGCACCUGCUUUCAAUACACUUUGUAUUCCUCAUUUAAUAAAGUGUUUCCAUUAUGAAAACAUCGGCUAGUGCAGGGAUCAUCAACUAGAUUCAGCCAAUUUUUUUUUAGGGCGGAUGGUAUUUGCAACAUACUGCAGUUAUACUGCACUCUAACUGCAGUUAUACUGCAGUAACAUAAUUACAAAUAAUUUGUAAACUGCAAAUUGACCGCAAGAAGCCCAAACGGAUAUAAUAUUUAACUAAAACAGAAUCAUUCCAAACCUUGCUUACAUUUGUAUACAAUCACAUACUGUAUAUUUCUCUAUUAUGCGUGGGAAUACUUUGUAACAGAUUUCUUAAAUUAAAAUCACUUGGAGCUGAUUUGCAGGUGUUUUAACAGUCUUUUAUGUCCGACAAUAAUAAUAAAAAAAUCUAUAAAAAAUAUUUUAUUUUGCUCAGAAAACUUUUGGGGAAAAAUAAAAUCACCCGCGGGAAGCUAGUUGUGGAACCCUGGGCUAGUGAGACCAUUACUAAAAUCAAAUCAAAUCAAAUGUUAUUUGUCACAUGCGCCGAAUACAACAUGUGUAGGUGGACCUUACCGUGAAAUGCUUACAAGCCCUUAACCAACAAUGCAGUUCAAGAAAGUUAAGAAAAUAUUUACUACUGUUCCAGCUGGCUGAUAGCCGUUGUUACUUUGGUAGUGUAAAGCAUGGCUAUUCAACUCUUACCCUACGAAGUCCGAACCUGCUGGUUUUCUGUUCUACCUGAUAAUUAACUACACACACCUGGUGUCCCAGGUCUAAACAAUAAAAAACUUAGUGGAACUGGCUUCGAGAUCCAGAGUUUAGUUUGAGGAGUGUAAAGCAUAGCACAAAGAAUUUGACCAACUUUUACUUGACGAUACACUUCCUCAAUUCCUGACUUCAAUGCUCCGUUAUUAAAUUAAACAAAUCUUUGGCUCCGUGAAGUAAUCCAACAAUGUGUAUGCUGCCAUCUUGUCUAUUUCAAAUAUUUUCAUUGAUCAAGACAGGUGGGUGUCAUUCAAUGCAACGCUUGAUUUCUGAGUCACGCUCAUGACAUGAGACACUUUGGGGUUGACACCCACCAGUCUCAAUCAAUGAGAGAUCAUUUGAAAUAGACAAGAUGGUGGCAACACAUUGUUGGAUUACUUCAUGGAGCAAAAAAGUGGAUUUAACUUAAUAACGCAGCAUUUUCUACAUUCAAACAAACCACCUGCUACAACUAGCCAUGUACGUUUAGAGGACAUGUGUUGUCUUCCAAGUUGGGAAUUUAACAAGUAUCACCAAUUAAAGGUUAGUCAAAACAUUAUGUGCUAUGCUUUACACUACCUAAGUAACAAUGGCUAUCAGCCAGCUGGAACAGUAGUAAAGGUCUGACUAGGCGACGUUUUAAAAGCUAGCCAAGACCCCGUGUUUCCCGUCGGCUCCUUCAUCCCCAUCUAGGCAGCAGUGGAGCAGAAGGCCCAUCAGCCUUUGCUGCUGCUCUUGGAGGAGUGUGUGGCGGCCACAACACCAGUGCUGCAGCCUGAGAGCCGACGGUGUACCCCAUAAUCCCGAACAAGGGGUAUGUAGCAGACCUGGUUAUUAUGACCAUGUGUAGGAGACAGACUUAUCCAAUCAUCCAAGUUCUAUAGCUUUCUGUCUAGAAUGAUCAUUGGACGAUGCAUUUUCUUUAGUUGCCUUGCAGGUGGAAAGACUGGGAACUCCAGGUUCCUGACUAGGUACCAUUCAUCUGCUAUCCUGCUUUACAUGCAGUCCUUCAAGUUAGCUCUCAGAGAGGAAGUGAGUGGACCACAAGUUCUCGAAAUGAAUGGGUAGUGUUCAUACUGUAGAUCUUGACUGUUAUCCCCUCUCAUUUCACCCCAGGUGUAUGUAUAGUCAUUGUAAGCUUGUUGCAUGGAACUCUGAGGUUUUUAAUAAGGGAAAGAAGGCAUGCCAAUACAUUAGAGAUCGGAGGGUAGUAUUGCAGUUAGGGACAGAUCACAAUUUACUGUGGGGGAGGGGUGGUCCAAAAUAGAAGAGGAUUGUCAAACUUUUUGUUUUGCUUUGGGGAGGGUUGUGUGUUUAAAAAAAAAAAAUUGGGCACAGGGGAGGGUCGUGCGUUUUCUUUCCCUGGUUUACAUUAGCUCUUUUGCAGGUUUUACUAUAUAAUUUAUUCCAUCUUAGCCAAAUUUCCUCAUCUACUUGCAUGCGCCUCCUCUAUAUCAAGGUGUUUUGGUACUUCCCUUAUUCACUAUGCUUUUCCGUGUGCUAACUAUUACUAUACCACAGGUCAGUAUAGUCUACCAGUCUAACGGUCUAUCCUGCCCACUAUCCAACAUUCAUAGUGACAAUAGUCGAAGGUGGAUCGUUUGUCCAGAUCUGCAAUUGGCUAACUAGCAAUCAUACCAAACAUAAAAACAUUCAAAGCUGCAUACAUUUUUUAGACAAGAACAAAUAGGAGAUAGGCAGCGGAGAGGCUAGGUGCAUCAUUGCGCAUGAAAGAACAGUGAAGACAUGAUACACACAGCUCAAAAAUCUCUCCUAUUGAUCUUGUUUAGGGACAUUACAACUAUCCUACCUAAACAGCAAUUAAUAAUAGCAUUAUUGUUUCCAAGUGAGUACAACAUUCUAGGCUGCAGUGAAAUUGUAAUUUGAAUAAUGGCGCAAAAGCCCUGUGAUUUGAAUGUUUCAUUAGAUUUGGAUCAGUUGUGGGUCUACUCUUGAUAGUUUAUAAGGUCUAGAAAAGCACAGUAGCAGGCCAGUCUGGCUGUAUUUCUACUUCUGAUACUGAAUGCGCUGUCUGUUGCAGAUCAUCAUUCUGCCAAGUCGUCCUAUAAUAAUGUGGCCACAUAUCCUCCCGGCAGGCCCAGUUAUUCAGGAAAGCUUGUUUUGUUUCAUUCUGUUGAGCCAUUUUCUUUGGCCAAAUGAAGUUCUAACUGUAAUGCUGUGUUUGCUGCAAUGUAAUAGCCUGCUCGUAUUUUCCCUGUAAACAAUGGCUUACUUUUGAUAUUACCCUAAUAAAGUUUAGAAACUUUUGUGAAGGUUUGGUGUGGCUAUUAUUAAACAUUUUACUGCAGUGGGCUAAAUCAGGGUCACACAUUGUUUCUUGGUAGUGUUAAACAAAUCUACAUUGAAACAAAAGUAUACACCUCACACCAGUGGAGGCUCCUCAGAAUUUCAUAAAAAUAAUAAAUAGUGAAACAUAAAAAAAAGUUAUCCUUUUUAGAUAAAACUAUGCUAAAUAUAUUCACAUCACCAAAUAACUGAUUAAAACACACUGUUUGAAAUGAAUGUCUACAGUAGCGUCAGCAGCACUCUAUAGGGUAGCACCAUGGUGUAGCCGGAGGACAGCUAGCUUCUGUCCUCCUCUGGGUACAUUGACUUCAAUACAAAACCUAGGAGGCUCAUGGUUCUCACCCCAUCCAUAGACUUACACAGUAAUUAUGAUCAUUUCCGGAGGACGUCCUCCAACCUAUCAGAGCUCUUGCAGCAUAAACUGACGUUGUCCACCCAAUCAAAAGAUCAGAGAAUGAAUCUAGUACUGAAAGCAUAACUACAGCUAGCUAGCACUGCAGUGAAUAAAAUGUGGUGAGUAGACUCAAAGAGAGAGAAAGGCAAUAGUUGAACAGUGACACUAAUAUCUCCCAAUGCCUAAAAUCGAGGAGAAAAUAAAAGUUGAUCAACUCAUAGUGUCAACCUGUGCAUGAGAGGAAGCCAAGCUUGCAGAGUAGCCUUUGUUAACGUUUCAUGUCCACAACAUGUCCACAACACAUGGCAGCUGGGUGGCGGACCACACCUUGUUGUCUCUGGGAAAUUAGACAUCAUUGGCAAAAGUGGGCAUGCAAGUAAUCCAUACCCAACCCAUCGUGACGCACUCACUUACAAAUCUCGUUUUGGACGAGACUGACUUUAUGACCAAAAUUAUCGUAUUUACACUUUGUAGUCAAUUUUGACACUAUAAUGAAUGUUUCUGACUCAUAUCAAUGCCACAUAGGCCGUUUAUAACCAGAUCAUUUGGUUCUACGAGGCAGUUCCCCUUUAAUUUUUCUGUCCCUGUACAAAUACUUUGGAAAUGCAUUAUUGUUUGCUUCUUUCCAUGAGCUAAUCACUGAUCUGACAUGACUGAAUGAAAGCACUACACCAUAAUAAAAGGUUUUAGUUUUUAAAAUGUUUCUUUACCGAUAGAAACCACUAUCUCAGUUUUAUCUGCACAAGAUUACAUUUGCUUGAUGUUACCGUUCAACGAUAGCAUUGCAAUGAAAACCAACUGAUCAUGUUGCUUUAGGAACUAUGGCUGCUUUACAUGGGCAGCCCAAUUCAGAUAUUUUUUCAAGUAAUUGGUCUUUUGACCAAUCACAGAUCUUUUCACAGCAGAUCUUUUUCAGAGCUGUUUUUAUUGGUCAAAAGACAAAUUAGUGAAAAAAAAGAUCUGAAUAUGGCUGCCUGUGUAAACGCAGCCUAUCUGAUAAUAAAUAAGUUAGGAGACUGGGAUGAGUUCAUACCGAUUUCCAAAUCAGUGAUUGAUUGCCUGCAGCUGGAGGUUGUUAACAGCUAACACACUGAUGACAGUGAUUAACUUGAUUGCUUGCUGGCAGGUAUAAAUAAGCCACUUCAACUGAACAUUGGCAUUCACUGAAUACUAUUUAGUCAUGAAGGCUUACUUUUGGCACAGUGCGGUCCUCCUAGGCAUGGCUGUUGCUACCAUUGUGGCACAGGAAGGUAAUGUGUUUUAUUAUUAUAUUUGUGUAUUCAGUUUUUGUUUGGAAAGUGAGCAGUGACAUUAAAAAAGCUCAUGGCAACGCUGCAGAAGAUUAGUAGUUUUAUAUUUGAGAUUAGAAAUAGAUUAACUUUAUUAUUUUCCUCCUGGCAGAUUUAAAUGUAGACUGUGGCCUUGACUCAGUCACCCUGAGAUGGAGGGCGGCCCAGUCACAAAUGGACCCCUCACUACUCCGGCUGGGAGGCUGUUAUCCUGGCCGUGUCUCUGCUGGGGAGGCCAUGUUUCAAGUGGAACUCAGUGACUGUAACUUCAGGAGAAUGGUAGGGGUUAGCUAAGGUUGUAUCAUGUGUAUUUGGCUGUCAGAAAUGGUGUUUAACCUCUAUGCCUUCCACCUCACUACAGGUGACUGGGGACACAUUGAUGUACAUGAAUGAGCUGACCUAUACGUCUGCUCCCAAAGCUCAACUGAAGUCUUUCUCUCACCCAGUGGUUUGUUCCUAUGAAAGGUGACCUGUGGCUGUUUGUGUACUUUAAGAAUACAUUUCUGUUUAUUGAUGUUGCAUCAGGUGUCCUUUUAACCAUAAACAACAUUGACUCUUGGCUAAAUGUUUAAUCUAUUUCCCUGGGUCUAUGUAGGCCUGCAGACUGGGCACCUCGCAUAUUUGACCCAGUGCUGUUUCAUACAUAUGGUCAAGGAGAUCUAGUCUUCCGCAUGGGACUUAUGAAGGGUAGGUUUGAGACUACCUGAAGUACACAACUUGACUCCUGUAGAUGUAAGACUAAUCCCAUCUGUAUCCUGCAGAUGACUUCUCUGGACCACAUCUGUCUAGGGAAUACCCCCUGGGCUCCUUCAUCCACAUCUCUGCAGCAGUGGAGCAGAUGGUCCAUCAGCCCUUGCUGCUGCUCUUAGAGGAGUGUGUGGCAACCACAACCCCAGAGCUGCAGUCUGAGGGCCCAGUGUACCCCAUCAUCACCAACAUGGGGUAUGUACCACUGGGCAAUACAGCGGGAUGCUAUUAGCGCUUUUGCUCCAAGUAAAUUUAGUUUCUUGCAACUAAUCUUUAGUGAUUGUCAAAUGUUUUGCCAUCAGAUGUCUUGUCGCUAGCAAGACUUCAAACUCAAAGUUCGAACCAAGACAAGAAACCUCAGAAAUCCAUCUGUCACUGCAAGCCUUCAAGUUCGCUGUUGGCGAGGAAGUGGGUGUACUUAUCUACAUGAUUGACAUUUUGGCACUCUUGAAUAUGUGCUCUAAUAUCCCUUAUCUAUCCUCAGGUGUAUAUUCACUGCAACCUUUUGGCCUGGGAUCCCAGUGGCCUUGACACCAGCAAGAAAGCCUGCCACUAUGUGAAAGAGCAUGGGUAAAAAUAAUAUUGUGUACAUGUUAUGAAGACAAACUAAAUAUUUUAAAGAAGUACUACUUUAACUUGCCAAAGGUAAUGAUGAGUACUACUCUGGUUUCAUGUGCUUAUUCCCCCCUCCCCUCCAGUUGGGAGCUCCUUGAUGACCCCUACCAUAGUACCCUCUGUGGCUGCUGUGACUCCAGCUGCAAGUCCCGGAGGAAGAGGGGAAAUGGCUCAGGUAUUACUAGUCUUUCUGCACCCACUAAAAUGGUGUUUACCUAUUGUCUCUGGGCACUAGAUGGGAUGCCUUAAUUUCUGAUGUGUCCAGCAACCAGGUUAAAUGUUUGAACUUUAUAUUUUCAGGGGAACAUGGGUUAACUCAAAAUGCUGUUCUUAUUGGACCACUUACAAUCACUGACAACUCACCGGCC